ACCAAAAACAAAAAAGGGGUGGUCUUCUAGGAAACACUUUCAAGUCACGCUUUUCUUAGUAUGCUCACUUUUUGUUGAUGGGUUUUGUUUGGUUGCCUAGAAAAUGGAGUGAAAAGUCUCUUCGGCAAGCCUAGGCUUAUAUUGAUAUUAGCUAGGGUUUACAUGCAUUGUUUUGUAUUCUACUUGAGAGAAAAGUGUUGACGAUGUGAAAAAUAUAAAUGGCAGUUUUCAAGAGAAUCGACUUCAGAUAAGAGCACACUCUCUCUUCUGAAACUCGUCAAAUUUGCAGAACAUCAGCAGCACUACAGCAAGUGAAAGUUUGUAAUUUAUCUUCAACAUUAACUUCUUUUUUCUUUGUUUGCCGGAAUCGUGUCGGGAUACAAAAAGAUUGAAUGCUCUUACCCAACUGCUUACGCAUGUCGUUUGCUUUCUUUCUGUGAGCUUUUGGUGCUCUCUGUGAAAUGGCUAGGACUAAAUUAGUCAGUUCCUCAUUGUGUUUUGCUGUCCUAAUUUCUUGCCUAGGUCUCAUUUUCUUGGUGAACUUUGACUUGUUCUUCGCUUUCCUUGUUACAAUUUCUAUCCUCUCAACUAUUUUGCUCCUCGCCAACACAAAUAAAAAGCUGGUUAUUUUGGACGAGAAACCAGUCGGAACUGGGAAUCUCCCCGGAGGCCAAGAAAACCUGCCGGAUGCGGAGCAAGUUAGAGAGCAGCUGCUAGUUCGUAAAGAUGUCAAGAUUUCAAAGUCGGACCAGCAACUCACUACUAGUUCUUCCAACGUCGACAUGGAAUUGUUGUAUUCUCUAGCACAAGAAGCGGAAAGUGAAAAAGACGUUGUAAAAGGGCUUCAUCAACUGGUAGAGACUCUCACAGAAACUGCCCAACAAAGUGACCAAGUUGAAAUUUUGGAUUCACCAUCAGAAAUAAGUGAUAAUUUGGAUGAAAAGUUUGAAGUUUCUGAUGAUUGUUCAGUCUCUGAUGAUGAAGAAGAAGAUAGCCUCAUUGAGAUUCCGCUGCAGUCAAAUUUGCAACAAGGUGUGAAAGAGGUGUUGGGAGAUAUGAGUGAGAUGAAUGAAGAAGAAAAUCUGAUUGAGAUUGACAUUUCAAUGGGCUCCAUCAAGUUUCCAAGGUUUCAGAGAGAGAUUAUUCAAGCAUGAUGUAUCGUAUCAUAUCACUUGUAAAUUAUUUUUAUUCUACAGGUCAAUUUAAUUCAUGUUUCAAGUUUUGAUCGAUGCUAA